AGAUAUUAUGGACGAUGACGACCUAUCUGGAGCUUUUGAAUCAGUCGGAAAUGACAGAAUUUCUACUGUCCCGGUGGCACAUACAGUUCACAAAAUGUCUUUUGAACGGUAUUCUUCCAAGAUUUACAGCAUUGCUAUAACUCUGGAUGCAGCUCGUCAGGAAGAAGCACGAAGACAGGCAACUUCCUUCCUCAAUUCCAUGUUGCGAGGUGAUUGCGGUGAUUCCGUGGAACCAGCCGUUAAACGGGUAGCACUGCCUCCCGAUAUGCCGUUCGAGCCGUUGGUUACCAGAGAUGUGGCUCCGACGAAAAGCUAG